AUGGGGCAACAACCUAAACAAGUUCAACAAGUAAAAGAAAAACAACCCCGGGUAACUAUUCAUCUUGACGAUAGUUCAGACGAUUCUUUAGAACUAAUAGAUGGAAAGGGUUACAAAGUGCAAGUUCCAUAUACUAAUGAAGGAAAAAAUAAUUUUCCGAAGCUAACUAUUGGAAAUCAUCAACAACCUAGCGGAACUCAACAACAACCUCCUAGUUCCUCUGGAUCAAAAAGAAAACAAUAUAGUAGCCAGAAACGAAUUGUUACAACUAUUAGUGUGAAUAAACAACAUUUUACCACCGUGGUUCAACAUUGUAAGAAAUUAUUUUUUGAAGAAAUAUAAGUUGUAUGAGUUUCUAAGUUAGUCAGAUAGAAUGGAGGAUAUUGAGGGUAUCCGUUGGGCCUUAGGCUCGAGAUCAAAAUUGUGGGGUCAAAAUUGUGAGAAAAUAGCAGUUAUUUCGAAAUUAUUUCGAGGAGAUGGGAGGGAGAUGGAAACAUAUAAUGAGGAGAUGGAAACAUAUGGGAGAUGGAAACAUAUGAUG